CAUUGUUUCCAGUUCAUUAUCGUCCACAUUGGGAUCAAUGACCUGGCGUACAUGCCUAGGACGCCUGGGCAGGUGUUGGACAACUUCGCGAAACUGGUUGACAUUAUAAGGAAACAGAACCCACGAGCUGUGGUACUCCUUUCCGGUGUCACCCCAAGAUACCGGAAUAGACGGCGACAAGGCCGUGGAAAUCAGGAUUCCCUCAACGAGAAAGUGAAACACCUUUGCGGUGAGAAUGGAUUGACCUAUGUCGGCCACCCUAACUUCAUGUCUUCCGGGAGAGUAAGGCAGGAGUUCAUUGCCUGCGAUGGGCUUCACCUGAGACCAGCAGGACAGAAGCAACUGGCUUCAGAUAUUAUCUGUGCUCUUUGGGUGUGUACGCAACCGUUGAAUAAUCCCACUAGACUACCGUUGAUAACUCCCACUACACCAACGACUUCUACCACGUCGAGAGUGACUUACGCACAAGCCUGAGAA